CCGCAACAACUCAUCGCAACAUCCGCACCCGCCACAGCGGCCCCGCCCAUUUUUGUCCCUCCGCCCGCGCCGUAGCACCGCCCAGAGGAGCGGGGUUAAGGCCCGGAUGCGGAAGUGCGUGGUUACUUCUGCUCCGUAGGCAGAGGCGGCAGCUGUUAGAGCGGUCUGAGCGCGGCCCGGAACCAUGCCUCGCAAAAUUGAGGAGAUUAAAGACUUUCUAUUGACAGCCAGGAGGAAGGACGCAAAGUCGGUCAAGAUCAAGAAGAACAAGGACAAUGUGAAGUUCAAGGUGCGCUGCAGCCGGUACCUGUACACCCUGGUGAUCACGGACAAGGAGAAGGCUGAGAAGCUGAAGCAGUCGCUGCCUCCAGGUCUGGCCGUGAAGGAGCUGAAAUGAGCUGUUCGUGUUGGUUUUUCCUUGUUUCUUACAAUAAAUCAGAUUCUGAACUGUU